AUGUUUAGCGUGAAGACCUAUAGCAUUCGCCAUGGGGUUGAGUACAAGGUAUUAGAAUCAGAUCAUCACAAGUACUAUGGCAAGUGCAAGGAGUUUGGCAAUGGGUGCGCAUGCCUCGUUCGGGUUAGUCUUCGCCAGCGCAAAGGGAUCUGGGAGAUAAAAUGGUACAAUGGUCCUCAUAUUUAUCUAGCCACAUCGAUCUCUAGUGACCAUAGAAAACUUGAUUAUCAUGUCAAAUCGGCCUUCAUACUGCCCAUGAUUAGAGCUUAUGCUGCCACUUCGAUCAAAGUACUGCAGAAUGCCACAAAGCACACUUUGGCCUUAGACCGACGUACAGGAGGGUUUGGAUGGCCAAACAGAAGGUCGUGUCACAAAUUUAUAGAGACGGGGAAGAGUCGUACAAUGACUUGCCAUGAUGGGUAUUGGGUUUGCAGAUUACUAUGCCAGACAUUCUCACCGUGUGUUGAGGUAUUUCGACAUUGCAAGCCAUUGGUCGGUGUGGACGGUACCCACCUGUACGGCAAAUACGGUGGUAAAUUGCUUGUUGCGAUUGAACAGGACGGCAACUCCAACAUCAUUCCUAUUGCUUUUGCACUUGUGGAAGAUAGGUACAAUGGGAUAAAGACUGUGUUAGAAGCUCCUGAUAGCGGGUGGCUUCCGCCUACUGCAUAUAGGGCGUUCUGCAUCCGUCACGUGGUGGGUAAUUUCACCCUGACUUUCAAGGGCAAAGAUGCAAGGAGACUCCUAGUAAAUGCUGCAUAUGCGAAAACUGAGGUCAAGUUUCAUUACUGGUUUGACAUCCUCUAUGCCUUUGAUCCUGCUAUGUGUCAUUGGGCAAAUCGAAUUGACUAUGCACAUUGA